AUGCCUAAAUAUUGUAAAUAUUAAUGUCUUUAAUAUUAUAAAUUAUGUGCUUAUGGAGUUUGUACUCAUUGUUUUGUAGAAUUCUUUUUAGAUAUUGUAAGUAAUUCAUGUAAUCUAAUUUGUGGUGAUAAAAUACUGUCAGGUAAUGAAGCUUGUGAUGAUGGUAAUGAAUUAAGAUAUGAUGGAUGUUUUUAAUGUAAUUAUUAAUGUUAAAUGGAAUGCUUGAAUUGUUAAUUUGGAGGUGCAUGGAAUUUGAAUCUCCUUUUGUACUUGUAAAAUCAUAAGGUAUUUGUGGAAAAAUAAAAUAAUGUGAAGAUUUAAUUGGAUUAUAUUAUGAUGAUUUUAGUAAUGAUUGUUUACCGUAAAGCGAAGAUAGUAUUGUUGCAGGAACUGAAUAAUGCGAAGAUUUGUAUAAUACUCCGUAUGAUGGAUGUAAUGAGUGCAAAUAUUAAUGUUAAAUUAAUUCUUUACAUUAUUAAACUUCUUGUAUUUCUAUUUGUGGAGAUGGAAUUGUAAUUUACAAAUAUGAAAAGUGCAAUGAUUAAAAUGAUUAGCCAUAUGAUGGAUGUUUUGAAUGCUAAUUUUAAUGUAUAUAAAAUUGGCAAGUUUGUUAAAAAGGAAUAUGCCUUAAGUGUAACCUAGAUUUUUCCUUAAAAAAUAAUCCAUACUUUUUAAAUAUCUAAAAAUGAUGAUGAUCUUAAUUUUAAUUCUUGCAUAAUUGAAAAAUCGUAAAAUAAUUAUGGCACAAUUAUAAACAGUGAAAAUUCAUAAAAGUUGUUAUUAAAUGAAAAUAGUCUAUGCCGAGAAUCUGAAUGUGUUUACUCUAAAAAACCUAGAAUGAUAUUAAUUUAUAAAGAUCAACAAUCUUUUCUUUAGUAUAUUGAAAUUACAUAUGAUUAACAAGUAAAAUAUAGCGAUUAAGUAAUAAAAGAAGAAAACUUAAUUAAUAUAAGCAUUAGUAAUUUAAAUUUUUAGAAUUAUAACAUCAAGAUCAAUGCAAAUAAAGAAAUGUCAUUUGAUCUUUAACAUGCUUAAUA